AAUGAAUAAUAAUCCAAUAAAUGACCAAUCACAACCCUUAACUAUAGAUAUCCUCACUAAUGAACAACAACAAAUGCUUCUAGAACGACAGCAUGCAUUGUGUGUAGCUGCUGUACAAAACGUUAAUUUUGCUAAUGUAAAUUUAGAAGCUUCUGCUUUUCAAAGAAGCAGUAGCGUGAUAGUUGUUCCACCUACCCAAGAAAAAGGAACUAAAAGGAAAAGAAAGGAUGAUAAUGGGCAACAAGAAUUACAGCAAAAAAUGCCUAAAAUGACAACACCGGUUAAAAGUCCAAAAGAGGUGUUGGGUGUAAAUCGUUUUAUUAGCCCCUUCUCGGAAGAGGCUAAAAUACCAUUACCGCAUGAAUUGAAUGAAUUGAGCACACACGGAACAACCGUUUGGAAACGAAAUGAACGAGAACGGAUUCGAGUUAGACAAGUUAAUGAUGGUUAUACGAGGUUGAAGAACACUUUGCCUUUGACUGAAAAUGAUCGCCGUCUUAGCAAAGUUGAUACCCUUCGCCUAGCUAUUGCAUAUAUUCACCAUUUGGAAAACUUAAUUAAUGAAGGGGUUAAUCAUCUAAUCGAGUGCCAAUGUUUUAAUUAUGUGAUGGGAGAGUGCAGCAGUGCUGAAAAUACACCUCCACCAAAUUAAGGAUUAAAAUAAAGUGAUUGGGGAAUUUUUCAAAAAAAUUUUCUUCUUUAUUGGUUAAAAGGGGGGUUUUCAUUAGAGCUAGAACUUUUCAAAUAGGGCCCUCUUCUUUUAAAUCAGGGCUCUUUUUCUUUUAAACAGAUUUCCAGGGCUAAAACCUCGAAAACCCGGAUUUUGUCAAGAUACCCGUCAACGACCCAUAAAAUCAGGUUCCGGCCUAGGUCCGAGCUCUAGUUUUUUUACGCUUAAAAAUAUGACAGAACUCGUUAAAUUCUGUAGAAUUCUACUGUGUCAGACCCUUAAUU